AUGGUGGACGAGAGGAGUAGCUUGACAAAAGUAGCCGGCAAGACCAAGGGAGUGUUUCGAAACGCCAAGUACGGGUCGACUAACGACCAGAAACAAGUCAUCGACACCAAACAGAAAUACCGGAAAUUAAAUGAAGAUGAUAUGUAUUAUAAUUAUGAGGCGGAUUUGAUGUUAGACUCAGUAAAUCAUAGGUACAAGAAAAUCGUGUUCACAACAUAUGCCAUGGGCAUGGCUAUGACCAUUAUUGGAUGUUUAUUGGUGCUUUGA